UCCGUUUAGCGCGCGGGCCCCCGCCGAACACAUACACUCGCGCCUCACGGCGCGGAUCAUUCAGUCACGGCUCGUCCACCUGUGUACACUCCGCCGCGGCUCGCGCGACCACGCGUGGGUGACCCACACGAAUAUUUCCUUUGAUCUUUUGAUUUUUUUUUUUUAUUUUCACGGUUCCUUUGAUUUUUUUUUGUCCUGGUGGUGUGUGCAUCGGGCCCAAGGUGUGUCGUUUUACUUUCGUUUACGUUCUUGUCGCGACGCGAUGUGCCGCUUCGUGAAAAGCUUGUGAUUCGAAACAAAAAAAAAAUAUAUUUGACAUAUAUUGGUGUGUCGAAAAGAAAAGGGAGAGCCACUCUGGUUCGCCGCAGUUUAUAAAUACACACACGCGUGCAGGCACGCGCAUUUUUACAAAUCGGAAUGAAGGACGAGCAGCCAUGGCAUCGCUUGGCGCUCCUCGGGCUGGCGCUGAUCGUCACCGGCCUGUCGUCGAUCGCCGUCGAGGCCGUCAAGUCGCCCUUACCGAUGCUCCACGGAGGAGCCGCGGGCCUGAACGAGGACGACGUCAUGAGCGUGCUCGAGGCCGCGGCCCAUCGUCAUCGUCAUCACGACCACCAUCAUCAUCAUCAUCGUAAUCAGACCAGCAGCAGACGGAGCAGCACAUCCGAGAGAACGGAGAAUUUCACCCUGAGCGAGCUGAUCGAGGCUGUGGGUGCGGCUGGACCGGGAAGAUCGACCAUCACCACGUACGAGCAGCUGGCCGCCGGUCGCGGACCCGUCGAUCUCAAGUCGACCCACACGAAUCCCUACUACGAUUUCUACGAGGAGCAGAUCGAUCUCGAGGCCAAGAGAUUCCUGGACCUCGUGCCGGCCUUCGAGCCCGGAGUAGGCCCCGUGAGCCCCCAAUGCAAACGCCAGUCCGACGUCUAUCGACGCGAGCUCAACAAGUUCACGCUGUGGGCGCUCAAAAUGUUCGACGCCACGGCGAAGAUGCCUUCGGGCCUGCUUAACGGCAACGUCAAUCAGCUCGGCGAUUACGACGAGUGCGUGGGUGUCGAGGGCCCCGACCAGAUACGCGGCCAGUACUGCCUGGCCUAUCUGCGCCUCGACGUCGACGAGUCCAGGCCCGAUCUGCGCCGGCUGCACAAGCUCCUGCACUCGCACUACGCCUUUCGCAGCAACAUGUCCGACCCGGGACACCGAGUGCCUCGCUUCGGCACCAUCAACUGGGCGGUGUGCACCCCGGCGGCCUGCUCGGCUGCGGACGUCGAGGCCAGUCUGCGCCACCAGCUGGCCCGACACCAGGAGCGCACCGGCUUGAGGAUCCAGGUCAAGGUCGAGCAGGAGAUGUGCCAGACGCGCAGGGCCGAGCCCCUGCCCACCGAGACGAUUCUAGUCGGCCUACUGUUCCUCGGCGUCGUCCUCACCUGCGUCUGCGUCGGCCUGUGCGAGCACUACGAGCUCGCCACCGUCCACCCGGCCCUCUCCGCCUUCUCCCUCAAACGCAACGCCCUCAAGCUCUUCUCUCUGGAGCGCCCCCAAGGCGACAUCGCCACCCUCCACGGCAUCCGUGCCCUCAACGCCUUCAUGCUCAUCCUGGCGCACAAGAGUCUCGCGCUGUUCUUCAAUCCCUACACGAAUCGCACGGACAUGACCGAGUACGUGGGCAAACCCUGGACGGUCAUAGGGCGCGCGGCGAGCCUCUACACGGAUCCGUUCAUCAUGCUGUCGGGUCUGCUGACGGCCUACUCGUUUCUGGGUAGAUUGAGUCGUACUGGAAAACUGGAUAUUAGGAGCGAGUACGCGAGUCGACUGUUCAGGAUAAUGCCGAGUUUGGGGGCGCUGGUGCUGUUCUGCACGUUCGUGAUGCCGUUCAUCGGCUCGGGGCCGCAGUGGAGCCUGGUGGUGACCCAACACGCCGACAUCUGCAAGAAGACCUGGUGGCGCAACUUCCUCUUCAUUCACAAUUACUUCGGUUUCGAGAACAUGUGCUUGACGCACACCCAUCACGUGGGCAUCGACACCCAGCUGUUCUUCCUGUCGCCGCUCAUGAUACUGGCUAUCUACAAGAGGCCGAGAAUCGGUUUCGCGGUGCUCGCCGCCCUGGCCACCAUCUCCACGGCGCUCAGGUUCUUCGUCACCUAUCACUAUCGCCUGAAUAAUUACGUCUUUUUCGGCACCUCAAUAAGACAAUUGUUCGACACGGCGAAUCUGUCGUACAUACUGCCGAGCCACCGUCUGACCGUCUACAUACUCGGCGUGUUCGUCGGCUACGUGCUGAGAAACUGGCCGAAAAAUCGCAGGAUCAACGACACGAUCGCCAGUCUCGGCUGGUACCUCUGCAUCGCCAUGUUCCUCGGUGCCUUCUUCGGGCCCGCGGGCAUGGGCUCGAUCGACUACGUCUACGAUCCGGUCCACGCGGCGACCUACAACGCCUUCGCCCCCAUCGGCUGGUGCGCCCUCUUCGUCUGGGUGACCUUCGUCACGCACACCGGCAACAGCAGCCAAGGUUGGCUCUCGCGGGCCUUCUCCUGGCGCGGUUUCCUGGUCACGACGAGACUCAGCUACGCCGUCUAUCUGACGCAGUUCCCCGUCUUCUUCUACAACGUCGGCCAGACGAGGAGCGCCGAGUACAUUGGGUUCAUCAGGAUGCUCCUCAACAUCAAAGAGCUCAUAUGGAUUCUGCUGACGUCGGCGAUUCUCACGCUGCUGUUCGAGAUGCCGUUCCAGAAUCUGCGAAAUUACUACGUCAAGGGCAGCAAGGAGCGGCCUGCCGCUGCGUCGGCGACAACGGAAAAAGCUCAGAAAGAAAUCAAAGCCCAAUAGAGUAGUAGUAUACCUAGUAUACGUAUACGGUUAUUUUUUAUUUUUUCUUAUUGUCUGCGUGUCGCGCGAUUGCGUCUGGUGUGUGUGCUUGUGUGUGUCUGUGCGCUCGCUCGAGCUCUUUUCUUUCUUAUUAGCUAUUUUUCACUAUUGUACAUAGAUAGCGGAGUCGAAGAGUUUUUAUUUAGCCGUUUAUUGAGAAUGUCUUUUAUCUUGUAAAUAACAAGUAAGUCGCGCGAGAGUACAUUUCAGAGAAAUGUGCCGUUUUCUUCCUUUUUUUAAUAAAUAUAAUUUUGUAUAAAGGAAUUUCUUACGCGAGACGCGCGAAAUCUCGUCGACACUCGCCUCUCGUAUCGCGCUUCUCGUAUACGAUUGCGCGCGAGUGGGCGUCGAGAAAAAAAAAUAAGAAGAGAGGACGAUUCGUAGAAAAUAAGUUUUUUAUCCUAGAUUAUUAUAUUGGAUUUCUAGUUUUUAGCGAAUUAUCGAAUAAUUGUAAAUAAAAGAGUAGCGCGUUUUUUAUCGUUGUAACGACACACUGUGUUUUUAUUUCGUUUCGUGGAAAAGAAAUAAACGCGUCGCACGGUCGACCGUGUCGGGGAUGCGUCUUGUUAAUUUUAUCCAAUGUUUGUAAUAACGAAGAUAUGUUUUGUUGUUGCGAAAAUAAAAAAAAAAGAAUACCCUUGUCUAUAAAUGA